GGGGGAGAGAUGGGAUCAGAGCCAGAUGUUGGGUACAGGGGACAGGCUGAUGGACACACAGUUAAGCAAUUCACCAAAAAGCCCCUGAGGUCUACCCUAGAGCCUACAGAGCAUUGUGUGGAUGUGUGAUAGACAUGUGUUUGGAGGGGAAGGAACAUGGUUAUGAGUGACAUUCCUUCCAGUGAAUGACAGCAGAGGACAGCAUGUCCAGGUGAUUUGGUCACACACAGAUGUGUCUGCAGGUUUGGUUUUUGCACCUUACGGGUCCGAGUGGCGAGAGCAGCGGAGAUUCUCUGUGUCCACCCUGCGCAACUUUGGCCUGGGCAGGAAAUCUCUGGAGCAAUGGGUGACAGAAGAGGCUGGCCACCUCUGUGAGGCCUUCAGCGACCAUGCAGGGAGCCCUGUAAGUCCCUACAAGCUCCUGAACAAAGCUGUGUGCAACGUGAUCGCAUCUCUCAUUUAUGCCCAUCGCUUUGACUAUGGUGACCCUUACUUCAUCAAGAUGCUAAAAAUAAUGGAAGACAGUAUUGGCGAGAAUACAGGCUUGCUUCCUGAGCUUCUGAACACGUUCCCAGUUCUCCUGCGCAUCCCAGGGCUGUUCGACAAGGUUUUCCCUGGGCAAAAGUCAUUCAUGAGCAUGGUGGACAAGCUGAUAACUGAGCACAAGAGGACUUGGGACCCUGACCAGCCAGCUCGAGACCUGACUGACUCCUUCCUGGCUGAGAUGAAAAAGGCCAAUGGGAACCCUGAGAGCAGCUUCAAUGACGCAAAUCUACGACUGGUUGCUGCUGACCUGUUUGGAGCUGGAAUUGUGACCACAUCAGUCACCCUGACCUGGGCCCUGCUGCUCAUGAUCCUGUACCCGGAUGUGCAGCGCCGAGUCCAGCAGGAGAUCGAUGAAGUCAUAGGGCAGGCGCGGCGUCCAGAGAUGGCAGACCAGGCCCGCAUGCCCUACACCAAUGCUGUGGUCCAUGAGGUGCAGCGCUUUGCGGACAUCGCACCAAUGAAUGUGGCACACCAGACCUCUCGUGACAUCCAAGUGAAGGGCUUCUGCAUCCCUAAGGGGACGAUGCUCAUCCCCAACCUGUCCUCCGUGCUGAAGGACGAGACUGUCUGGGAGAAGCCCCUCCAGUUCCAUCCUGAGCACUUCCUGGAUGCCCAGGGCCAGUUUGUGAAGCAUGAGGCCUUCAUGCCAUUCUCAGCAGGCCGCCGAGCAUGCCUGGGGGAGCCCCUGGCCCGCAUGGAGCUCUUCCUGUUCUUCACCUGCCUCCUGUAGCGCUUUAGCUUUUCGGUGCCUGAGGGACAACCCCGGCCCAGUGAUUAUGGCAAUAUGAAGGCUUUGCCAGUUACUCCAAAGCCCUACCAACUCUGUGUAGUUGUGUGCUAGCAGGCCCAGUAGAUCCCUUCUGCCCCCAGCUUGGGCUGAUUCAUGUUCAAUAAACAAGUUCUGUAGCCUCAA